AUGAUGCCUUAUGAUACUGCUGCAGAAGCAUGUCAUGAUGAUGAGAGGAGUGAAGCUCAAGCAAUGAAUAGGAACCGGUCGGCGUGGAUGGCUCAUUGGAUGAACACAAGUUAUAAAUCAGCAUCCCCUGCUUGCAAUCGUUUGGGGAUAGAUUGUGAGCUGAAAGAAGGAAAAAUCGACAGUGGUGCCGAACAGCAUGAUUUGCUUGGUGGGUUGGAUAGUGCUGUGCACGCUGGAGCAGUUGGAGAAACAGCUAGGGCUACAAGUGUUACCUUCAACAGUGAGGCAGACAGCGAAAAAGGGAAGAAGGCAUGCUGUGGUUCCAAAUCAUUUCCUACAAUGAUUUUUUCUGGAAAGUUGGAUGGAAAAUUGCCUCUGCAGAGGGAACAACACGGGGAAGAUGGGAAAUCUGAAACUGAACCCUGGUCUGGAGAUGACAAUGUUUCUGUCAACAGAGCUGGGACUUCCGGAGCAGGAUUAUCAUCAACACCUGCACGUGUUCCUCUUAACAUAGAAACCAUAGUAAAAGAGUGUCAAGUAUUGUCUCAAGAAGUUUUACCGACAACAGCCCUGCUGAUGAAAUCUCCGUGGGAUGUUGAACAGAAAAACCUUGCUGUUUCAACAUCACUGUGGAAUGAUUUUGUAAAAUCUUCUUCUGACGUUGUGCCAAAUGGUGGCAAAGGGAAAACUGUGAUGCCCCAAUUCACGCAUGAACCAUUUGAAAUCUGUCAAUCAAGCUACAAUUUAGCAUCCAGAGGGCGAUUCACCAGUACCAAAUAUCACACCUUUUCGUCUCUUUUAAUUAGCGAGAAGAAAAUGAGUAGCCUCUUAGAUCCUCAAAGAUCUUCUUUUUUAAGAUGGAUGCAAGGUGGUGUUACUCGUUUGCCGCAUGAUUCCUUGGCUGGUAAUGAUGAUAGAUUAUAUUUCAUUCGUGGUAAGCACCAUGAGAUUGAAAAAUAUGUUUCUAAUCCAACUUUUACGUGCCAGACUGAAUCCUCUGAGUCAGCUAAACCACACAAGCUGUGUGGACUAAGCUCUGUGGUAGAGAAAAUGCCCUGUUCUAUUCAUGAUGUCGGCUCUAUGAAGAUAUACAGCAGUUUAGAUUCAGUUGAAGAAUCGUCUAGAGGUCGUCCCAAAAUUUCCCAGACAACUCACCAUAUUCUAAUGUCGAAAAACACUGAUGUUACCUUCUCUGACAGAGAUCAUUUCUUUAGAAAGCCAGUAGCACCUAUCAAAUUCAAAGAAAACGCUAUCAAUGAGAUCCUUGAUUUCUCUCCACCCACUAGUGAUCAUACCAUGGAAGCUCUGAAGCUGGAAGCUAUAGGAAGCUCCAUAAAGAGUGAAGGAAAGAAAAAUAUCCAAGAUUUCAAAUAUCCAACAUGCCUGAAGAAUGAGUCAUCUGCUGAAACAGGUAAUAUGGACAUCGAUGCUUUACAUAAUAAUGAACUUCCUGGUGAUGUUCCAUUGCGAACAAAUAAGUGGUCCAAGGAUAGUCAAAACUCGCUCACGUCUAAAGUUGCAACAAUUUCUGCCGGAGACAAAACCAUAGCAAAGUCGUUGAAUACAACAAUACCAGAUAUAAACCAAGAGCCUCAUGAGCUUCUUACUGAUGGCAGUCCUGUGGUUGAUAGGGAUGCUAGCACAUCAAGAACCCACAGCCUUGAAUUGGAUCAGUUUCUUUCUCAUGCAGAUGAGCAUGCAAAGUCAAAUUCUGGCAAUAGUUCUUUGGGAUCAGAUCCUAGCAGCAGAUGGGUCAAACGACUCAAGUUGUGCACAUUUGGCUCUGCUCACGGGACCGAGAGUACAAGAAUUGGAGAAGUUUAUUCGCAUGAAAAAGUUAACAAUAUAUUGGGAAAAAUUAUGAAAGAUAGCAAAAUGAGUUCGGAACAGAAAAUGAUACAUCAUGCUGAAGUACAGAUGGUACCGCAUCUACCUGGAACAGUAUCAACAAAUGGCAAGUCCUCUUUAACUGAAGCAAAGAAAACUGUAGAAAUUACCCUUUCACAUCCCUGGAUUCAGAGAUGGAGUCAUAAUCGUGCUGCAUCUGCAUCUUCCCAGAAGAGGCAUGAAUUAGAGGAGCUUCGUGAACAGAAGUCUUCAAAUGCUGUGCUAGAAGAGUUUCAAAAGAAACAGUUUCCAAGCAUUGCUGCCAUGGCUCUGAUGGGAAAGGCAAUGAAUAGUUUGAAUCCCUCCGAGCUCCUGAAAAAGGGGCCAGUGAUAGUUUGGAAUAUGAAGGGUUUUUGA